UCAUGCGCAAUUUUAUCGUGAGUGAAGUGACCGAUCGGUACCACGCACCCGAAUGGUGCGUGGAUAUUUGCUUUAUCGCCAGCUCCAUGUGGUUCGGCCACACGGAUUAUGUUCCGUUGGGCCAUCCCCUCUAUCGAAUGACGGCCGGAGCGGAUUUCGUCUGCUUGCAGUAUCGUAACUGCAGAUUUGUAAAUGGAGUGUGCUGCCUGGUCCCGGAGCUAUGGCUGUGGUUGUUACGGCGUUACAUCGUCGCAACCAUCUCGGUACCCGUUUUCCCGGGUGAAUUUGAAUGUCUCGAUGGGACGAUUGUUCGUUUUGGCGUGUCGUUUACUGUGGCGGAGUGUGCGUCCUUUCGGCGCGUCAUACGGGACAUGGUAUGGCGACCCCGUUUUGCGUGGGCCAUCGACAUUUCAACCCUACUAAGGUAUGCUCACUAUUGGUAUGUUUAUGGAGGUAUUCUGUCCGUUUAUUUAUUAUUGGGAAAACUUCAGUUAUUUGCCAUUGCGGAUUCGACGGAGUAUCCACUGAACCGAAUGUCAGUAUCGAGCAACAUAAUUCCGUCAUCGCUCUCUUCUUUUGCAUCAGCUGAUUCACAUCGCAGAAACGUCACCAGUAAAAUAAAUUUUAGAAUGUUGGUCAACGGAUUAGUUAAGUAAAAAUUAAAUGGAAUAUAGAAAAAGUUAAAGGGAACGCUU